AUAUAUAUAUAUAUAUAUUGAUAUAUAGAUAUUAUCUCACUGCUCCCUUUCUUUUCUCUCCUUUGAAUUCCAUCUAAUUUCUUCCUGAUCUAGAAACUCUGCCUACCGUUCAACUUCUUUUGCUGUUCACCUCCACAUCCCAGUCCUUGUCUCUCCGACCGCGACAGGUGCUUUUCUUUUGUGACUAUCCGUGCCAUUCCCCAUCAUCUUUUAGCUGUAGGCUUAGUCUGACCAGUUCGGAGAGUGUUCAGUAGUUACAUCUGGCAUUUUUAAGAGGCACUACUAUACUCCCCUACUACCAGUGGUCGUUAGUUAGUGCUGUGGGUCAGACCAGCUUUAUUGGCGGCAGAGAAUUUGAAGGACAAAACCGUCAUUUGACCAAUUGAGUGCAUAAAAUAUUAGCUAUCUCAAAAUUGAGCAAAAUCCCAAAUAAGUGACAUAUUAGCAACAUAAAACUUUAUUGCACCUGCAUGCUGUAAAAGAAGUUUGUUUUGUUUAAUGACACCACUAGAGCACAUUGAUUAAUCAUCGGCUAUUGGAUGUUGCUGUAAAAUAUUUGUUACCAAAAAUCAUAUCUAGUUAUAUAGAGGAUCACAACUUAUAUGGACAACUUUGCCAACAAGCUACUGGAAAGUUGUAGAUUGCUGUUAAAUAUAAUGCCCCUCUGCCAUAAUCACGAAGUAUUUUCAACUUGCCCAGCAGUCAGUAUGAGAUUUGGUAUCUUUAGGAAAAUUAUUCACUUUAUGUUUGAAGUUGAUCCCAAAUGAAUGUUUUCCAAAACAUCUAAUGGUUAGAAUCGAUUUGUGAUAACAAAAUAUGUCCAACAUAACCCCCCAUCAAUUAUUUGUUGAGGUAUCAGCAUAAAAACCGACUUACAUACGUUCAGGGACACAUGGACACAUCUUAACGUGACCCCUGGUUUUAGAGAUGAGGUCUAGUCUAUAUUUUUAAACGGCUAUUUCUCAGUUCCAAUGUCACUCGUGUAAUUAUAUUGCAACUUUUAACCAAAUGUGUUACUGGUUUGUAGAUUAAUAACCAGACUUGGUGUCCAUUUUUACAGAUGGACACUAGGAGCUGCCACUUUAAAUACUGGCCUGACAAAUCAUUAAAAACAAACGUCUCCUGUUUCAGAAUUACCAAGUACAGACAGCGAUCACUCAUGACAUGAGUAAGCAGUCGGUGGUAGCGGGACACAUGCCUGCCCCUGGCAUGCCUCAACAGACGCCCAACAUAUACCAACAACAACCUGGAAUAAUACCACCUCAGCAGUAUUUUGGGGCUAAUCAACAGAGUAUGCAACCUCAGCGGGCAUUCCGGCAGCCGACCUACCAGCCGGUUUACAUGGCCAUGGGACAGCCUGCCUCCCAGUAUUCGGCAGGCAAUGUCAUGGUACAGCAACAACAAAUGAUGGGGUAUUCUAUAGGCCAAAAAAUGCCAACAACUUCAUAUGACAUUCCACAGUCACAAACUCUUCAGCAGCAGUACCAGCCAUCUGCACAGUACCAGACAAGUCAGCAGUACCCCAGUCAGGCCUAUCCAAUGUUCUACCAGAGUCAGCCUAUGCCUGUCACUCAACCGCAGAGACCGCCCUCUGCUCCGGGACCAAGUGCAGCACCCACAAAUAAGAGGGAACGCAAACCAGACCAGAUUGUUGAUACCAACAGACGAGAAGUGCCGGAGGAGAUUUUGCAUUUAAAGUCCACCCCUCCGGGUGAGAGUGCACGCAGUACACCUGGUAGUUCUGGGGUACCGGGAAGUGCCGGGUCGACACCACCGCCAUCAUUAGGUCAGCCCGAUAUUGCAGCUCAGUAUGCUGCCCAAGUUGCAGCCACUCUACGUCCUGGGUCUGCUUAAAGUUCUAGUUCUCAGAUACAGGAGUAAGGACAAGUCGAGCCGGCCGCUCCAAACCUGAUGCAAGACAGUUCCUCUGCCACCACCAUCGGACUCUGUACCUGCCACACAGCAAGAUCGAGUGGA